CACUCGGUACUAGACAAACAUUUUGCAAAUGUUUUUGUUUUAAAAAAAUUUGUAUUGUACAAUAACCCAAAUUAAAACUCAAUAAGAAACACUUGCCGCUGCCAACAAGCUGCACAGUUAUUCGAAAUGAGCCGGCAACUGAAGUUCAGCAUCCAAUCGCCAGAGGGUGAAGAGUUCCACUCGGAUCUGGUGGAGAUCAAUUUGAAUGGUAGCCGCGGUCAAGCGAAACAGCAAUCGGCCCAGGCGCUGGACGAGCUGCUCCAGGGAAGAACGCUGCCCACGCAUCGCGGCUAUCCCUAUGGCUAUGGGGACACAGAUGACGAACCGGACUUCUACUUUUGCAAGAAGUCCAAUUCGACUGGCCAGCUGGCCGAAAAGGUUUCUCCGCCCCCACCAGUAGCCACCAAUAUCAGCUGCCUGCGGCAAAUGUAUUGUCCCGAAUGCCACGAGCGAUUGCACGAGCAAGGGGUUCGCCUGGAACGACUUAUAACCCUGUGCUGCUUUGCCAUGCUGCCCAUUUAUCCAUGCUGCAUGCGACGCUCCAAAGACGACUGCAAGGUCAUUUGUGGCAAGUGCGGCUACUUGCUGGGCUCCUGGAAGCGACAGUGAAGCACUCCGCAUGCUCUCUGCUUUUGCUCCUUUACCCACGUUAUUCGUUCAAAUUGUUUGUUAUUUUGCGUUUUGUUUUGUUAGUUUUCAAGCAUCUAUUAACCUUGUGAUGCGUGGGCAAUCCACAAUUUAUUGUUUAUUUGUACACCCUGCACGCAUUACGAAUUCUUCAAAUGGGUAUACUGUUUGUAUUAGUUAGACAACUAUAUUUGCUAACCCAUAAUAAACGAAUAUGUGUACA